AUUGUGGCAACACUGGAUAUUUGACUUGGGAUUGCGAACCCUCCGUUUCAACUUCCUAAGUCCUAUCUCCUAACUCAAGAAGUCCAAACUUGGCAGCGUUUGAUUUUGAAAGUUGUCGAUUAAUUGAUUUUUUCGGCCUAUCUGUUAAUUAAUAAUCACGAUGGUUGAAGCCGAAUCUGGACAGUUGACAGAAGCUGAGGCCCAACUUUACGACAGGCAGAUCCGGCUUUGGGGCCUCGAAGCGCAAAAAAGGCUUAGAAAUGCACGUGUGCUUAUUGUGGGGAUGGGAGGACUCGGUGCAGAAGUGGCGAAGAACAUCAUUCUGACGGGCGUAAAAGCCGUAUCACUGAUGGAUCACAAGACUGCGACAGAAGCCGAUUUAAUGUCACAGUUUUUCAUACCACAAGAUAAACUUGGAGAAAAUAGAGCAGUAGCGUCUUUGGAGAGAGCUAAAGCUUUAAACCCGCUGGUUGAAGUCUCAGCUGAAAGCUGUAAUGUCUCAGAUCUCUCAGAAGAAUUCUUUUUAGGAACAAGAUGGGACAUUGUCAUUGCCUCGGGCCUUCCAAUAUCGCAGUACGUUAGGAUUGAUGAUAUCUGCCGUAAGGAGAACAUUUGUUUUUUCAUCGGUGACGUUUUUGGCAUGUUCGGCUUCCUAUUCAGUGACCUGAACAAGUACAAUUUUGUCGAAGAUGUCGUCACAUACCAGAAAGCCGGCAUACGUAGUGUACAGGCGGCCAAAAAGGUCUUGCAUUUUCCCAGCCUUAGAGACUCCCUCAAUUCAGAUUUCACAAAGGACAGUCAGAAGGGAAAGCUCAGAAGGAUGGAAGGAUCAUAUUUCGUUAUGAACAUUCUAAUGAAAUUCAGGACAGACUACUGUCGUGAUCCCUUGCCCACCACGUCUGAUAUUAACGUCCUGAUUAAAAUGAGGGAUAAAGAAUGUUUUGAGUUGAGCCUCCCUAAUGAGAAAAUCCCAGAUGAAUUGAUAUCGAAAUGUGUCGGAGCUCCGAUGUCACAUGUCUGUGCCAUACUUGGCGCUGUUCUGUCCCAGGAGGUGGUCAAGGCCAUAUCUCGUAAAGAUGCGCCGCAUAGAAACAUGUUUUUUUUUGACCCUGUGAAGAACAUCGGCCAUGUCCAAUAUAUCUCCCCAGAUUAAUAUGCCAAUGUUCAGCAUUGUUCUUUCAAAAAGUGUUUAAUAAUAAGUUGUAUUUUUUAAUUAUUCA